AUGGACUCAGACACGUUUUCCUCCCGCCGGGACGGUACUCGACUAUCAUCUUCUCCAUUCUCUCGACAAGGAUGGUCUCGACUAUCCCCAUCUUAUGCACCACCUCCAAGUGAUGCAGGCCCCUCGCACCACGCAAAUUGGCGGCGCCACGAAUAUGCGCUAGACGAGUCAGAUCUAGCGCAACGAUCAACGGCCCUGCAUCAAGUUAGCGGAGCAUCACGGUCUUGGUCCCGGACAGAUCAGCCCACCAGUCCCAAUACCUCUAGACAGCCGGCCCCUGUUCCAACACGGCCUGUCCUUGUCAGAGCGUACUCUGGAAAUGCAGAGGGUUCGACUAAUAAAUUGUCGACCAUGUCCCCACGCCGGCUGUUCCCGUUUAUAGGUUUGAAGAGCCCGGCUUCCUCACGUCCUGCAAGGCCGCCGCUCCCUUCUGAUAAAGAUUUCAGUAUUGAACAUAUACUGCAGGCCAUCGAACCUGAUAUCCGUGGAACUUUAGAUUCGAUUGCUGAAAUUUGUGGCCGAAGCAAGUUGAGUCUUGCCAAUGAAUACGGCAGCCACAUCGCUCCACUCGGCGAAAUUCGAGCACCCCCUACGGGUCUGGGACCUGUCGAAGAAGCAAGCUCAACAGACGAGCGACGUGACGAAGGCGUUGUGAUAUUUGACGAUGAUCCCAGUAUCAUGGAUGCCGGUCGUGAUAUGCACCCUUUCUCCUUCUAUCGAUAUCUGGAGAAUCUCCGGCAAGCUGCGUCGGCCUUGGAACGAAACAGCGCUUCUGGCCCGUCAGGAUCAGCACAACCAAGUUCUGCGACACCCGCCAUAUUGAAUAACGCGCAGGGUCAUGAUACAGUGAUGGAGGUCUCGACUUUGCCAACUACUCGGGAGUUCGUGUCCCGACCGAAACACUCUGGUCGGGACCUCUUAGCGAAGCCUGUUGCUUCUGGUGGAUCCGACGCCCUUGUGCAAGAUAUUUCAACCCCUGCUGUGGUUUCGGAAAUACACUUGGAGGCACGGGGUAACGAACAUAAUACCUUUGGAGAACAGGAAGACCGCUUUAUGACUCCUGCGGCAGCUCACUCGACACAAGACGUCUGGCAAGCACCUGAUGUCCUCUGUUCUCUCGUUGGCUGGUUAAAAUGGACCGCGCGACUGGCUGGGCCAGGAGACGAGCCUGUCUUAAAGUCAGCAGAGAGUCGCCUUCGAGCUAUGCUACAGCAAUCUGCUGCAGAGGGAACCAUUUAG